CCCUGGCUUUGCCACUUGUGAGUCGCUGCUGCAGCAGGUUUCCAUGCACAGUAGGCUUGCAGAGGCGGAGGUGGGAGCGGAGGCGGUGCUGGGCUGCAGAGAGAGAGGCUAGUCACCACUGCAAUGUACAGAGUGGUGCCCCAGUCACUACACCAGCACACAGCCUGACGCUGCUGUUGCUGCCAAACUCUAUCCACCCUGCCUGCCUGCAAACUCUCUACCGGGGAAGCCCAAAACCCAGGGACCAGCAGCAGCAGCAGCAGCACUUGUGCCUCAUGUGUUGUGCUGCACUCAACCCACUUCUGUGACUGACAUCGAUACACAGGGUUGUCAAUGCCACUCGCCUGGGAAUUCUAUUUGAAUAAGAAAUUUGCUGAGAAGGAGAACUAAAAACAUUCUGUCUGAAAGAGGAGCAUCUCUGGACCCUUACAGAUAUUAAAUUGUGGUGCACAGUAGAUUCCAGAGGUGCAUCUGAGAAACCUGAAAUCUCCUGUUAAUAAUGGAUGAAGGCAUUGAUGUCACAACUGAAGGAAACUCUCUUAUUAAAGCAGUGUACCAGAGCAGGCUACGUCUCACGCGACUUCUUUUGGAAGGAGGAGCAUAUAUCAAUGAGAGCAAUGAUCGUGGAGAAACCCCACUAAUGAUUGCUUGUAAAACUAAGCAUGUAGACCACCAAAGUGUAAGCAAGGUCAAAAUGAUUAAAUAUCUUCUGGAAAACAAUGCAGAUCCAAAUAUUCAAGACAAAUUUGGAAAAACCGCUUUAAUGCAUGCAUGCAAGGAGAGGGCUGGGGCUGAAGUGGUCUCCUUGCUCCUUGAGAGUGGGGCUGACCCCAGUUUCCAGGAUCACACAGGAUUCUCGGCCCUUGUAUAUGCAGUCAAUACAGAAGAUAAAGAGACUCUACGGAUUCUACUUAAUGCUUGCAAGGCAAAGGGCAAAGAAGUUAUCAUUAUUACAACCGAUAAGUCUCCAUCGGGAAGACAGACUACAAGGCAGUACCUAAAUGUCCCACCAUCUCCAGGGAUUGAUGCUCACAAUUCUCCUAGUCCAUGUACAUCACCCUCUGAAAUUGAGCUUCAAACAUCUCCAACACCCAUAUCAAAUGCUUUUGAAGCAGAGCAAAAAUUGUUUAACUUUAAGGAGGCUGAUACCUCAAUUCAGUUUAAGGGUUCCUCAGAGCCAGGUUCACCAAUAAAAAAGCCUCAUAUGAUGCAUUUUGGAACAAAGUUACCACUUCUACAAAGAUUGCACUCUGAGCCCUGGCUAAAGAUUCCACCAUCUCUGCUCCACCAGCACAGAGUAUCUUCUCUGCAAGAGGAGUUGCAAGAUAUCACCCCCGAGGAAGAACUGUCUCUUAAAAUGAAUGGAUUAGUAUAUUCCAAGCGUUAUCUGACUCGACAUCAGAGUAUUGAUGUGAAAGAUGCUGCACAACUAUUGAAAACAUUUGACCCCUCUGGCCCCAGGAAGCUGUCCUAUGAUGAGAUACAUUUACAAUCACUUUAUCCAGAAGGGACACCAAGUAGGCCAGAUGUUCCAGUAGACCAAGACCCUGAAUCAAUGCAUGCAAUGUCUGUCUCAAGCUUAAGGAGCAUCGUUCAACGGAGGAAUUUAGGUGCAAAUCAUUACAGUUCUGACUCACAGCUCACGAGAACUCGUGGACCGGCUGCAGUAGAGGACAGCAAAUCUCUUCUGGAGAAAAAGAAAAUGUUUUCUCCUCCAUCGCUGUUAUCAGGAUCCAGAGAAUCUCUUGAAAGUGUGUCUGUCACACCCUUAAGUAGAAGGAAUCAUGCCAUUCUAGAAAGACGUGGAUCUGGGGCCUUGUUGCUAGAUCACAUAAGUCAAACCAGGCCAGGCUUCCUUCCGCCAUUGAAUGUCAAUCCCCACCCACCUAUUCCAGACAUAAGUGGCCACAGCAAAAUAUCCAGUGUUCUCUUUUCAGGCUCAAAGCCAUUUGUUCCUUCCGCGCCUCUCUUUCCAAAAGAGUCUAAAUGCAAGAAAAUGCUGCUCCGGAGGCAUUCAAUGCACACAGAACAGAUUAAACAACUUGUUAACUUUGAAGAGAUUCUUGGCUAAGGCAAGCUUUCAUAACACACACAUCUUGAAAGUGUCUUACAAGCGCUCUCUCCAGAUAGCACCUGCUACACGAAAUGCUUCAGACCUUUUCUGUAAAGAAAACAGAUCGUUCAGCUUAUGCUGGAUAAAUUAUUCAAGCGGUAAAAUGCUUGCUAGUUAGCAGUAAUCACAGUUUUCUCUACAAUAUAAAUGAAAUGCUGCCCUACAUUUGCAGUCUCUUUCAGUACAGCAGGGCAAAGGGAACGUAAGGCGAAUACGGAGUCAUGAGUGACUCGGGUUAAAGGGAGUGAGAGAUAACAAAUUAGAGGAUGGAACUGCAGGAACAGAUUUGGACAGAACCAUCCUACCACCGGGACCUGCAUCGUUCAGGGAUACGUUUGAGGUGGUCCUAACACCAUGUAUAUUAUUUGCUGCUUCGGAACUUUGGGUAGUGCAAUUUCUUCUUUUAAAUCCCAUUCUGCCUUCAUUGAGUGCACUGCACGUGCUUUAUACAAGAAUGUGAUAUUUGAUCUAUAAAUACAAUGAAUAUUUAUAAUGGACUUUUACUACCUCUAUAGUAACUAACGCCUGAGAUUUUUGUCAUAUAAAAAUAUAUAUAUAUUUAUUCAAUGAAAUCCAAUGAACUUAAACAAUUUAAAACCUGACUUGACAGGAUUGUCUUGUAUUCAUAAAUAAUCAUGAACCACUAGUUUAUUAAGAAGUAUAAAGGUGGUUUGUGACCAUUCAAGCAGAACAAUGACUAUUUCUGAGCCACGGUUGAGCAUGCAGGAUGUAUGUGGCAUAUUUUAAUGGUGAAGUAUAAUGCAUUACUUGGUAUUACUGUAUAUUCUCUGAUGUAUGACUUUUUACAACUUUCUUUAACCUAUUGUGAGAUUGGGACCAGUUGAACUGGAAAAGUACUGAUGGGGAAAUUGUUCUAUUGCGUUUUGAAAUUGAUAUAGAGUAUUUGAUGCAGCAAAAUCUGGUAUGUUGUGCCUUGAUUUUAGAAUCCAGGGUUUCUGGAGAAAAUACUGCUUAUGAUUUUAGAAAGGAAGGAAUGCAAUCUUUAUGGUGAAAAUGUAUGCGGAAUAUAUACGAAAAAUGCCCUCUAGUGGAAAUUUAAGGGCUCUUUUGAAAUUUUCAAGCCUAGUCAAGGUGAUCAUUGCAUUUUGCUGUAUAUUUACAUGUCUGUCAUUAAAUUGUAAUGGUACAAUUAACAACGCUGUGAACAUAAAAAUAAGUCUUAAGCUGCAAGUACAAAUAACACUCCUGUGUGGUACAAUAUUACGUGUGCAGCGGAGGGUUUUAAACCAAAGAGCAUUAGAUUGGGCUAAAAAAAAUUAAAAGGUUACGUAAUACCAAAUAUAUAAUAAAUAUAUUAGUACAAGUCGAUGAAAAGGUGACAUGAUGUUUAACUGAAAGCUCAGUUGGGCUUCAUAAUGCAGGGUCCAGGAAUUUUUUUAGAAUUUAAAUCUUUUAAAGUCAGUAUAUUGCGAAUCAUGAAUUUUAUCAUCUUUUUAUUUGUUCAUUUAGUAUUGAGAAAUUAAGCAUCGAUGUGAAACAGUGUUUGUAGACCUUAUUUUUGAAGUUUAUGGUGUUAAAUGCACUUUUGAAGCUGAAGUUAUUUUUCCGCAAAAUUUGGACCUGUCUUUAUCUACCUUUGUCGUCAUAUCAUCAUAUAUAUUUAUAUAUUUAUCCAUGAACUUAAUGAUGACAUACCAGGAUAGAUAUUGCCUGUAGUUUAUUAGUAUGGCCUUUGAAAUGUAAAUAGGUAAAAUAGCACUGUGCAAUUCUGGCAAAAAUGUUACGACUGGUUGUGGACUUUUGUUUGCAUUUGCCGAAGUUAUUUCCAAUAUUAGAAAAGUAUUACAAAAUGAAGGGUCAAUGUUUUAUAAUGGGGCAUAAUUAGCCCCAUAAAAUGGUGUUUUUGUAUUUAAAAAAAAAAAAAAAACAUAUUUAAAUAAUUUAUUUAUUGCUAUGCGGCAUCUAGCAUAUGUACAUUAGUUAUUACGCGAUUUCUAUGUGAAAUGUUAUUUAUUGAUGAAUAAAUCUUAUUUAUAUAAACACUGAGAAUCUAUACAACACAUAGAUCUGAGCUAUUAAUAUUAAUUUAAACUUAAAAAUGGUUGUUAGUCUUAGAGCUUAGCCAUGCACAGUUUAUGUAUAAUACUCUAUGUAAAGCAUAUAAGUGCUUAGUUCAACUUCUUAGCUGAGUAGGCUUUAGGGAGUAUGUGUUUUAUAACACAAUUAAUUAAGAAAUAAAACUGCUGCUGUUUAUGGUUGUUGUAAGUGUAAAGCACAUAUUCUGCUUGAUCACUUGAUAUUUGUACAUACAGUGUGUGUGAUCUGGGCGCUUACCUUGCUCUCAUUACUAACAUUCAUUUACAGUAUAUCUAUAUAUAGCACCAGCAUGAUUCGUAGCGCUGUACAGUUGGCUAUAUGACAUCAUUCUGUUACUACGUGUUCCACAGUGGACACAAUCCAUUCCUAACUUGUUUUUAAUGGAGCAAACAGCACAUAUUCCAAAGUGAUAUUUGAUCUGUAAAUGGUUAUUAUUUGGCAGAUUUGGAUUGUGCAGUAUUUCAUAGUUGCCUUGAUUUUUUUAAUACUGUUGAUUAAGUUCCAACUUAAUCUGGUGUAUGUACAGUAUAUUUAUUUAAGUUUAAUAUAAUUAAAAACACCAAAUCCAGGUUUUGCCCAUAUAUUUAGUCAUGUCUUAAAGGUAUUUAUCAACAUCUGGAUUCAGUUGGAAGUGUAGCUACUGUCCCCAAGUCUUGUGGUCUCAUCUGCAUCCUUUAAAUCCCAGCUCUUUAAAUCUUUCCUUUACAUAACCAGCCUAAAUGCAAUAACCAAAUGGUUAAUAGUAAGGGAUAAAUUUACUAAAGUUUCUACAAAUGAAAAGUGGUGAUGUUGCCUAUGGCAACCAAUCAGAUUCUAUCAUUUCUCUGUUGCAUUCUAGAACAGGAUAGACAGAAUCUGAUUGGUUGCUAUGGGAACAUCACCACUUUUAAUUUUUAGAACUUUUAGUACAUUUACCCCUAAGUAGCAAGUAACAUAUAUGGAUAUUUUCCCUCAAUUUAGCAAUGAUUUUACUUGUAAUAUUGUAACGUGUCAUUCUCACACGUAGUCAAUGGUAUAUCUAUCUAGUAGUAACUGUAGAUGACUGAUCUACAGAUUUGGUAAAGACAGUACUUGGGGUAGUAGGGGGGAAACUAUGCUUAAAGUACAUUUAGUCUUUAUCUUUUUUAACUAUAUGGACAUUGCCCCAUGAUUACCGAGCAUAAUCAAUAUAUGUAAUAAUGGUAUCCAUUAUAUAAUAUUUCCCUCCAAUGCUUGUGUUGAGCCUAGAUUGUGUUAUGUGAGCUUAUUAGUAUAUUUACUACGCCUGUAUAAAGCACACCUAUAACCGGCGCACACAAUGCUGAUAAUUUAUACUUUGCGUUUAUUUUGACAGUACAAAUCCUUUAGGUGUAAAUAGUAAGUUUUCAGUGUAAUUGUAUGUAUUAUAUUGCCUCUAGUAAGCCAGUGUUACAUAAAGGCAGAUACCUGCCUUAAGCUCUCACUGUGUGAGUGAUUCUUAUAUCAUAUAGAGAGAUAGUCUGGCGCUAUUGUCACGGUAAGAGUGCCUGCUGCUACGUUCCAAAGGCUUGGUUCAUAGCCUAAAAAUACACAAAGAA